AACAUGGUAAGGGCACCUUGUUGUGACAAGAGCAAAGUGAAAAGGGGACAAUGGUCACCAGAGGAAGAUGAAAUUCUCAAGAAUCACAUCUUUAACCAUGGCAAUCCAGGCAGUUGGAUUGCCCUUCCUAAAAGAGCUGGGCUAAAUCGUUGCGGCAAGAGUUGUAGGUUAAGAUGGCUUAAUUAUCUUCGUCCAAAUAUCAAACUUGGAAAUUUUACACAAGAUGAAGACAACACUAUCUGCUCUCUCUACAAUCAGCUUGGAAGCAGAUGGAGUGUGAUUGCUUCUAAGCUUCCAGGAAGAACAGACAAUGAAAUCAAGAAUCACUGGAAUACCAAGUUGAAGAAGAAGGUUUCAGCAACAAAAGAAGCAAUGAAAUUACCAAUUCCAAGUAGCGACUCUGCUGAUAAAAAUAUGGUUGAAACAGGCGAAAAAAAUCCAAGAUUCACUCAAGAGGAAGACCACUCCAAGAUUUCACCUUCCAUCGAAGGAUCGACGAGUUUUGAAACAUGUUCUUCACCACUUGAUGAUCUUGCAUGGUUUGAAAGCUUUUUUCCAAUGGAUUCCAACACUAGUGAUGGCAUAUGGAGUACUCAACAAGAUGGAAUUGAUGAUUUCCCAUCUGAUGAUUUGCUUGGAGAUUGAUGUAUGUUAUUAAGUCAUUGUGAUUGUGAAACUAUAUGUGAAAACACACAAAGGAAGUUUAGUAA